UUGUUGCAGAACAAAGCUCCAUCUGUCUUCUUAAGCUUAUUGUCACUUUCAAAACACACUCCUCCGUGUGUGUGUGUGUGUGUGUGGGUAUUUCAGGCUCUCUCUCUUUCUCCCUAUCAAUUGAUCAAGAUGAACAAGCUGCUUCUCCUGGGCUUUUCUGUUCUGCUCUUCUAUGCAGUUGCUGAAGGCCUGAUAUGCAAAGUGUGCAAGUACAAACUCGGCAACCUCUGUGUCGGCUCUACUGAACCCUGCCAAGCUGAUGAAGGGCAAUAUUGUGAGACCUCGAGCAUGUACGCAGGUCGUUUGUGGAUCCGCACACAAUCCGAUUGCGGCAAGUAUGCAGAGCUCUGCAACAAGACUGAGGAGAGAAAUAACUUCUUCGGGACACGCUACGAGCGUACUUGCUGCAACUCCGAUUUGUGUAAUAGUUAAACUAUCAGUGAUCCCGGCACUAACCCCCUGCUAGCUGGGCUCAGCCUGGCACUUGGGAUGGUGACUGGCAUGAACCCUGAUAUAGAUGCUCUUCUUACCCAAGGGGAUAACACCAUUGACUUCCCUGUCCUCCCAGAUGAUUUCCCUUCCAAAGACUCCUCAUCUUCUACAGGCCUGCACAACUGUGUUUCACCAAGUCAAAUGCAGCUGGCCAUGUAUGGAAACCUUCUAGGAGCUUGAAAAAUCUUCCUGAUGUUACUGCCUGCCUGGAAUGACUUGUCAAGCACCUCAAGGUCUACAGUAUCCAGGUGGAGGCCUGCACUUGGCUUGCUGAAUUACAGUUUUGGUCUGCUAUACAUGCUAAACCAUAUUCUUCCUAUCCCUCAGUAACAUACCAGCCAAUCUCUGAGAAACCCAAAUGGGAAAGAUUAACAGUGCUGUCCUAGGCAGAGUUACACUCUUCUAAUCCCAUUGACUUCUGUGGGCAGAAGGGUGUGACUUUGGUUAGAAAUGCCUUGUCAGGCUCUGCCGACAGGACUUGAAACUUUUCUUCCUCUUCUCAACCCAUGAUAGCAGGAUAGCCUCAAGAAACUCUAAUAAGUAUAUAUAUUGGUAAAUGAGCUCUUUCACUCAUGAUCUAAAAUUGUAUUACAAGCAGGGCUUUUUUUCAGCUGGAAUGCAGUGGAAUGGAGUUCCAGAACCUCUUGAAAAGGGUCACAUGGCUGGUGGCCCCGCCCCCUGAUCUCCAGACAGAGGGGAGUUGAAAUUGCCCCCUGCACCGUGGCAGAGGAUUGGAGAUGCAAAGCUAAGAUGUUUUCCCAAUUGAUCAGCAGGGCUGCCAAGAGGGAGGGAUAGAAGGUAGAAAAUUUCCCAGGCCCAGGUUGCUGGGUGGACCCUGAGAAGCUAGGCAGCCCACCUGCCUCAAUUUGUUUAACUCUCACUCAACACAUUGGUUGUAAUCUUGGGGCUUCAGCAACACUUCGAAGCCCCUCGGAGAGACCAUAAUCAGUCACUCUAAAUCCUUUGCUUGAUUUGAAACAGCAGAAAAUGCUCUAUGGCAGAAAACAAGCAUUUGUUAUGUUUUCUAGUAAAGCGAAGGGUUGAAGUGAGCAAUUAUGGAUUCCUAUAGAAGAUUUCUUCCUCCCCCCCUUCCCCCUGGAUUAGUCUGUGCCCUCCUGCAUAUCAGAUCAAGAUGCUCAGAUACAGCCGGCCUUCUGGUUAUUUUGCAAACUGAAGUCCAUUGAACACAUGGCAAUGCAGAUGGAAUUUUGACCCAUGCUGUUUUGAAGGCCUAUAACUCUCAAAGAGCAAGUUGAAUUCUCUCCUGAGUUUCCAGAAACGCAGAUAACCAAAAAAUUGAAUUUUCACAUACCCUCAAAAAGAUGUAGGAUUUAUAAACUAAGAAAUUCAUACAGCUGCCUUGGCAGAUGCGGCCAACUCAAGCCAAGCAAACAGUAGCACUGUGUGGCGCUCCUUAGCCUUUGUUUCACUCGCCAAAGGUACAAAAUGCAGCCAUUUAGCUUUCUUAAAGCAUCUGCAGUCCAGUGGCACUCCACUAUUGGCUAUCACAUACAAAGCUCUUCAUGGCUUCGGUCCAGCAUAUCCAAAGGACCGCCUCUCUUCCUAUGUCCCACCAGGGCAGCUUCGCUCAUUUGAACAGGGCCUUCUGCAGGUGCCACCUUGCACGUAGGCAAAACUGACACGUGCCUUUUCUGUGGUAGCCCUCACCUUAUGGAACCGCCUACCUAAAGAGGUCAGGAAACCUCCCGCUCUCUUGGCUUUCCGCAAACUAUGCAAAAUUGAACUAUUCAAGGGGGCUGUUUACUCAGAUAAGAGGGCUGUACCGUAAGGAAGUGGUCUUAGAUGAAUACAUCAGUAGAGGGAUAGGAACUAUAGUAGCAAAGUCUGUGCACUACUGUUUGCUAUCUGUUGCUUUGUGUAUGAUUCUUCCAGGUAGUUUCGGGUUGUUUAAUGUAUCAUUCUUAGAAUUGCUUGUGUUCUUAUUUAGCAUUUCUUCUACUCUAUAUUAGAUUUCUGCAGGUUUUAAAACCUUGAACAUUUGCAUUUAUAGACCCUACUACAUUGUUCAUCGAAACUGACUGUACUAACACUGUGUAAUCCACAUUCAGUUUCAGCGAGAAAGAUAGAGUAUGAACAUCAACAAAUAUAAAUAAUGUAAAUAAGGGGGGGUUCUCAAGUUUGCAGCCCAAGGUGAUUUUUUUUCUUCAGCAGUGCUUCUCUUUGUUUUACCAAAAAAAAAAAUCUCUGUUUACACCUUGUUCUACAGGAAAAAUUGAUCAAGAGAAAACUUUUCAUCAAAGAUUUAAUCAAAACCAAAGAACUUUAUAUUUUGAUAUGAAAUUUGGGAACUAUAUGACAAAAUCAAACUAGCCAUUAAAACAAGCCAGGGCACGAAAACAGCAUAAAACAAACACCAAGCAUAUGACAUGAAAUGAUAUGACAUAAAACAGCUCUCAGGCUAUAAGCAGACCACAAAACAGAUAAAAAAGAUGGGACCCCCCCUCAGUUAAAAGUCUGUGUAAAAAGAAGUGUUUUGGCCUGGCAUCUCAAGUAAAGUAAGGUAACCUCAAAGGUUAUGACAUUCCAAAUGUGAGAUUCCACCUCUGAAAAAGCCAUGUCGCUGGUCGCCAUCCACCUCACCACUUCAAGAGGAGUACAGAGAUUUUAACUGGUGGGCUGGACAGUAUGGGAGUAGGCUAGGUUUGCCCACUUGGGGUGGGAGACUUCCCACCAAUGUUCCGAUGCUCCCUGCUCUUAUUCUCUAAAGGGGCAGAAGAAAAAUAGAAGGAUGGCAGUGAUUCAUGUUGUCACAAUGCUCUAAGAAGUCCUUGAACUGAGCCUGGCAACCAGCGGGAAGGUUGGGGGCUAGGACAUGGCGGGUGUGGUAUCACAGGUGUGAUGAUAUCACUUCUGCAGGGAACCCAGAAGAGACAGCAGGUAGCUCUAGGAAUCACUGGAAACUUUGUGGUAAAAUCUUUUUAUAUUUUCCCACACACACACAUACUGCUUGGAGGAGCAGAGAGCAAUGGGAACGGGGGUGGGUGAUCCCCUGCCCUGACAAGGGGCUUGGCAGCCCUAGUCAAGACCCUUAGGUGGGUCAUGGAGCCCCAUCUGCUAGGUUGCAAGACCCUAGAGAGCUGACAUCUUGGUGUGGGAAAGACCUGCUGCUGGUGCCCAUGCAUGGUGCCUGCCUCUCUUUGCACACAUGCUAAGAAGAGUAUCAGGGAGGUAAGGCAAGGUCACAAAGUAAUAGAGUGGAUUAUUUUUACCAAUGGCAAGCACAGAAAUCUGCUGCACAAAGAAGCUAUUCUGUCUCUUCACCACCACCCACUCCCUGACCCUUGGAAUGCAAAUGCUGCCCCCAUCACUGAGGUCAUCAUAACCCUGGCUCUUCAUCUUUCUGUCAUAUGACUCUGAUGUCACAUGGUCUUGUGACUUGGUGAGAUGAUAUCUGUGCUGCCAUUUGGGCAUUAAAAGUGGGCACCAGGAUUGGAAAGUCUGAGAACCAAUAACCUCAAAUAAAUACUCUAAGAUUCUGGCAGCUGAGAAUGACCAACCUUUCCUUAAACAUACUUUGUUGAGCUGUUCUUUUAUUCACAAACUAGAAAUUGCCUGCUGUGUUUCAUAUUAAUUAAGGAGAGGGGUGGUCUUUCAUCUUUGUCAAGAAAAAAAUGAGAUUUUGCCAGAUGAUAAGGUUUCAGUAAUGAUAAAGAAAUUUAAUGUUGUUUGUUCUAAGAGCAUCACAUAUCAGUUAUGUUAAUAACAGUGUAUUAGUAACAUGGUAUGAACUUGUUUGGUGCUUUAAUACUGUGUUUUGCAUUUCUGUCAUGCUUUUUAUGUGAAAUAUUAUUGCUUUGAUAUUAUAUUACUAUGGCCUUUACUGAAGUAAUUAAUAAAGUUGCUUACCAAUG